AUGAGUUCUUCUUCAUCUCAAGAAAUUGUGCAACCUGAUCACAUUAAUGCGGUCCUACCAGUAAUUCCUAGUAGGUUUCCAAGGUUUCCAAAGUUUCGGAAGCUUUCCUUUGAGUUACGCCAUAUGAUUUGGAAAUUGAGCUUACCUGGUGCCCGAAUCAUUGAUAUCAUUUACGACAGAGACAAAGACAAGUACUUGUCGUUCCAUUCUAGACCACCCUCUCUACUGCACACAAACAAAGAAGCCAGAUCGUUUGCGCAAAAUGUCUACAAUUUGUGCUUUCCAACACCAUCCCACCCGGCGAAUAUUUACAUGGGAUAUGAUAUCGAUGUUGUCUACUUCUCCGACUGGCUUACGGGCUAUAAAUAUGAGGAGAACGGUUGGUUCGAACAUGUUGACAUUGGCCCGCUUGGUAAGAUGGGAGUAGGAAGACAGGAUUUGAAAUCGAUUGCAAGAGUCGCUGUCAACUCAAUCUAUUUGGAUGUACCCGAGAGAUUUUCGGCUAACAGGAUGGAAUAUUUCUGUCACUCCACAUCAAAUGUACUCGCCAGAUUUAGUUCCUUGAAGAGACUAUACGUGGUUGUUGAAGAUGUUGACCCCUAUCAGAAAGGGGAAAUUACAUUUCACGACAUUCCUGGCAAUAUUUGCCUUCACCCUCCAAGUUUCUGUGCCUUCUGUGGAGCCCACGAAAUCGUCAGGGGGUUUACAGACAUGAAGUGGGAUUUAACUUGUACUUGGAGAGUCCCUUCUGUCUCGGUUGUGGGAGCGGCUCGUGAGGAUAAUCUAUCACACAUGGGUCAGUAUCAACGUUGCGAGUGUAACAAUUUUCCUCAAAUACCAGGCCUCACUUAUCAACACUCCCCGUGCGAGGAGUACCGUCCACAGCCAGCAAAGAUCGCCGAUCAAGUUGAUGAUAAUGAUGGCGAUGAUGAUCCAUCUAAGUUUGUCGAAGAUGAUUUGCCGGAAGAAGAAUGGGGUCUUGCUGAGAAUGAACUGGAUAAAUUGAUCUCAGACGAAGAGGCUUAUUAUACAUUCAUUGCUGAGUAUUGUGAGGGAGAGUAUGGAGUUCACCAUGAGAAGUGGCUUGGCAUCGACUACAUGUUGAGCCGUCCUUUCUUGUGA